UUUCACAAAUUAAGUAAACAACUUCAUAAAAUACAUUUACAGGGUCUAGAAAAAUAUAUUCAAAAAAUGGUAUUCAUGACUAGAGCUCUUAUCUUGGUUUCCAUGGUAGCAUGUCUCACAUCAAUUGCUCACGCCAUUGCUGGCCAAGCGACUUUCUACACUCCGCCCUACGUUCCAUCCGCAUGUUUUGGCAACGGAGACCGUGGUGUUAUGAUUGCCGCAGCAAACAUCGGCUUAUUUGCCAACAGAACAGCCUGCGGGACUAGGUAUCGUGUGACUUGUACCGGAACCACCUCAACUGUUUUGCAACCUUGCACAGGCAAUAGUGUUGAUGUUACCAUUGUUGAUGUUUGUGUCUCAUGUGCACAAAAUCAACUUGAUCUUUCUCAAGAGGCAUUUGCGGUGAUUGCUAAUCCUGAUGCGGGGAGAAUUAACAUUGAAUAUGUCCGGAUCUGAUUAAAUAAAAUAUGCAUUCAACAUGCCAAAGAUCAACACCAUGUAUGACUUUUCUUUAAAUAAAUGAGACAAUAGGGUAAUAUAACCGUUGUUUAUGUGUCUCAUGACAUCGUGUCCAGUCAUUUAAUAAAAUGGUUUGUCUAAGCUAUUAUUUAAAAA